AUGCCUAUAUCAGACCCAAGCUGUCCGCCUCCUACCAGAACCCAAGCUGUCCGCCUCCUACCAGAACCCAAGCUGUCCGCCUCCUACCAGACCCAAGCUGUCCGCCUCCUACCAGACCCAAGCUGUCCGCCUCCUACCAGACCCAAGCUGUCCGCCUCCUACCAGACCCAAGUUGUCCCUUGCCUCUACCAGACCAAGCUGUCACCCCUACCAGACCCAAGCUGUCCACUUGCUCCUACGGGCCCAAGCUGUCCACUUGCUCCUACAGACCCAAGCUGUCCGCCUUGCUCCUACCAGACCCAAGCUGUCACUUACUCCUACAGACCCAAGUUGUCCGCCUCCUACCAGAACCCAAGCUGUGCGCCUCCUACCAGACCCAAGCUGUCCGCCUCUGGGGCCAGCUGUCCACUUACUCCUACCAGACCCAAGCUGUCCACCUCCUACCAGACCCAAGCUGUCCGCCUCCUAGACCCAAACUGUCCGCCUCCCUACCAGACCCAAGCUGUCCACCUCCCUACAGACCCAAGCUGUCCACUUGCUCUCAGACCCAAGCUGUCCGCCUCCUACCAGACCCAAGCUGUCCGCCUCCUACCAGACCCAAGCUGUCCGCCUCCUACCAGACCCAAGCUGUCCGCCUCCUACCAGACCCAAGCUGUCCGCCUCCUACCAGACCCAAGCUGUCCGCCUCCUACCAGACCCAAGCUGCUCUCAGAUUCCUAG